UGGAGGGAUUUGUGAAAAUGGAAGGAAUUGACACUUCAGAAUGCCCUGUUUGUAGCAAGACGUUUCCAGUGUCAUCAAUUACAAAUCACGUGAACGAGUGCUUGAACAACUCGGCUCAGAAAAGCAAACCAUCAACUAGUCUUGGGAAACGUAAAUCUGAUACAAAUAACACGGUUUCGGCAUGGAAUUUCCUCACAUCAGCCUCAGGGAAUACAAAAUCAAGCAAAAAGUUAAAAGUAAACGAUACCAAAAUAUCUCCAGAUUCUAAAAGAUCAAAUGCUCAUUUGUCUUCCGUUUCUUGUUUGACAAAACAACCAGAUGCAUCAGUUAAGAAGGAAAACAUCGGGAGUGAAAAAGAAAGCAUAAACGAUAGAAAUGUUACGCAUAAUUUCUCGAAUAUGACAGUAAAGUCGACUUCAUGUUCAAAGACUGAUUUAAUACCUUUGGCAGAAAGGAUGCGUCCCAAGACACUAGAAAACUAUGUAGGGCAGGACAGUGCUGUUGGCGAAAAGAGUCUUCUCCAUUCUCUUUUACAAAGUCGGCAGAUUCCAUCAAUGAUCUUGUGGGGACCACCUGGCUGUGGGAAGACUACGUUAGCCAGAAUAAUUGCAAACAACUGUAAGAGUUGUGGCAAUGUGAAAUUUGUUCAGCUGUCAGCGACUACAUCUGGGAUCAGUGACGUCAAGCAAGUCAUUGCAAUUGCAAAGAAUGAUCAGAAACUGCUCGGACGAAAAACAAUUCUCUUCUUGGACGAAAUUCACAGGUUCAACAAAACUCAGCAGGAUUCUUUGCUUCCACAUGUUGAGGAUGGGACUAUUGUGUUGAUUGGCGCCACCACCGAGAACCCAUCCUUUCAAGUGAACAGUGCUCUACUCAGUCGGUGUAGAGUUAUUGUCCUAGAGAAGCUGUCCGGUACAGCUGUGGAGAGAAUUUUAUACAGAGCAGUCGACGAGAUGAAUGUCCAGGUUGUUGACAGCGAGGAUGAUGUGGCUGAUGAAGAUGUUGAAGAUGACGGUCAAGGUCAAACAGACAGUCCACCGGUAUUGAUUGAACGCCAGGCACUGAAGUCGCUUGCACUUCUGUGUGAUGGAGACGGUAGGAUUGCGUUAAACGGUCUCCAGAUGGCCGUCCAGUCACGGGUCGCUGAUUUCAAGCAGCAGAGUGGAGCAAGUGAUGGUGGCCAUAAACACAAUGUCGUCAUCACCACAGAUCACGUAAAGAUUGGGCUGGAGAGAUCUCAUGUGCCAUAUGACAGGACAGGAGAGGAGCACUACAACAUCAUAUCAGCUAUGCAUAAGGCUGUGCGUGGAUCUGACCCCAGUGCUGCCCUCUACUGGAUGGCCAGAAUGUUACAAGGGGGAGAGACUCCGCUAUAUGUUGCUAGGCGACUUGUAAGAAUGGCAAGUGAAGAUAUAGGUUUAGCUGAUCCAGCAGCGCUGGUACAAGCGGUAGCCACAUAUCAGGCUUGUCACUUUAUCGGAAUGCCAGAAUGUGAGGUGAUACUUGCACAGUGUGCGACCUAUCUAGCGAGGGCCCCUAAGUCUAUAGAGGUGUACGCGGCGUACAGUAAAGCCAAGGCCGCCAUCAAGAACCACGAAGGACCUCUUCCAACGGUUCCACUUCAUCUGAGAAAUGCUCCAACCACGUUAAUGAAAAAUUUAGGUUAUGGUAAAGGUUACAAGUACAACCCAGAAUUCUCCGAACCCGUGGAACAGGAGUAUUUGCCAGACUGUUUGAGAGGAACAGACUUCUUCAAGUAGUUAAUACACAAAAACUACUUCUCUAUUAACUGUGGGAUACAAUACACCAAAACCCUGUUCUCUAUAACCGUGGUACACCAUACACAAAACCCUGUUCUCUAUAACCGUGGUACACAAUACACGAAACCCUGUUCUCUAUAGCCAUGGUACACAAUACACAAAACCCUGUUCUCUAUAGCCGUGGUACACCAUACACAAAACCCUGUUCUCUAUAACCGUGGUACACAAUACACAAAACCCUGUUCUCUAUAGCCAUGGUACACAAUACACAAAACCCUGUUCUCUAUAACCGUGGUACACAAUACACAAAACCCUGUUCUCUAUAGCCAUGGUACACAAUACACAAAACCCUGUUCUCUAUAGCCGUGGUACACCAUACACAAAACCCUGUUCUCUAUAGCCGUGGUACACCAUACACAAAAGCCAGUUCUCUAUAACUGGUACACAAUACACAAAACCCUGUUCUCUAUAGUCGUGGUACACAAUACACAAAACCCUGUUCUCUAUAGCCGUGGUACACCAUACACAAAACCCUGUUCUCUAUAGCCGUGGUACACCAUACACAAAACCCUGUUCUCUAUAGCCGUGGUACACCAUACACAAAAGCCAGUUCUCUAUAACUGGUACAAAAUACACAAAACCCUGUUCUCUAUAACCGUGGUACACCAUACACAAAACCCUGUUCUCUAUAACCAUGGUACACACUACACAAAACCCUGUUCUCUAUAACCGUGGAACACCAUACACAAAACCCUGUUCUCUAUAACCGUGGUACACCAUACACAAAACCCUGUUCUCUAUAACUGGUACACAAUACACAAAACCCUGUUCGGUACACCAUACACAAAACCCUGUUCUCUAUAACCGUGGUACACCAUACACAAAACCCUGUUCUCUAUAACCGUGGUACACACUACACAAAACCCUGUUCUCUAUAACCGUGGUACACACUACACAAAACCCUGUUCUCUAUAACCAUGGUACACACUACACAAAACCCUGUUCUCUAUAGCCGUGGUACACCAUACACAAAAGCCAGUUCUCUAUAACUGGUACACAAUACACAAAACCCUGUUCUCUAUAACCGUGGUACACCAUACACAAAACCCUGUUCUCUAUAACCAUGGUACACACUACACAAAACCCUGUUCUCUAUAACCGUGGAACACCAUACACAAAACCCUGUUCUCUAUAACCAUGGUACACCAUACACAAAACCCUGUUCUCUAUAACUGGUACACAAUACACAAAACCCUGUUCGGUACACCAUACACAAAACCCUGUUCUCUAUAACCGUGGUACACCAUACACAAAACCCUGUUCUCUAUAACCGUGGUACACACUACACAAAACCCUGUUCUCUAUAACCGUGGUACACACUACACAAAACCCUGUUCUCUAUAACCAUGGUACACACUACACAAAACCCUGUUCUCUAUAGCCGUGGUAGCUGACCCAUAACUGCUUUAAAGGGGGAGGGCAAAUUAAGUCAUCCCAGCAAAUUAAGUCAUACAAACACUUGAUUGCUUUUAUUGUAGUUUUGUUCAAAUGAAGCAGUGUCACUGUGUUUGUGAUAAGGGAGAAGAGGAAUCCAUUAUAGAGAUCAUAUGGGUCGUGAACAUCCUGGAAAGUCCUGGGAUGAUCAGAUGUCAUUUUCCGGCUUGGAAAGUCUUACAACCGAACAUUAAUGUUGUUUGUUAAUUAAUUCCCCCCCCCCCAAUAAAAUAAGCAUUGUAAUGCUGUUAGAUUCUGUUGAUAUCAACAUAAAAAAAUCAUAUAAAAAGGCAUGGAAAGUCCUUUAAUUUGGUCCAGAUAAAGAGUAAAUGUUGCCAGUGCCUUGAGUCCCAAACAUUAAAUUAAAGAUUGUUUGUCACAGUGAAGUGCAAUUUUUAAAUGACUAGAGUUGAUGCCUUGGACAUCCUGUGUUCUUUUCUUGAUCUCUUAAUCAGUGAAUACACCUUGGUCAUCAAUCAGAGAUGUAAAAACCUCCAGAUGUUUUUGGAAGUAUGGAUUUUAGAACUGAUCCUUGUUCUUUGGUGAUAAACUCGCUUCAAUUCCCUUACUUUUCAAGACCCUGCAAAGUUUUCUAUAAUUUUUGUCCCAUGUAAUUUUCCUAUCUGAUAAAGCUAUAUAAAGAGCUAGAUGUGCUAGACACUAAAGUCGAAUGUGGUCCCAAAUAAAUAGUGCUGUAUGUAUUAUAUAGAUUUCAUGUAUGAUCAUUAAGCUGAUGGAAAGAAAUAAGCACCAACAGAGAUUUAAAUCCCUACAAGCAUACAUGGCCGUAGCUAGGAUUUUUUGUUGGGGGAGGGGGGGGAGGCAACUGAGUAGUUAAUAGUCUAAAAGUCCUUAAACGGUUAAAAAUAAUUUUCUUUUAAGUUUCUAUAAUUUUUUCUGGAUUUUUUUACUGGACAACUGCCCCCUUGCCCCCCCUCCACUCCGCUAGCUACGGCCCUGGCAUAGAAAAAGUUGUGGUAUGGGGCUGAAUGUCAGUAGUGUUGAAUUGACUGCCAGUAAUAGAGUCAACUUACGACUUUUGUUUGAUCAACUUACCAUUUGUGUGAUCCCUUGGUACUCUCCAUCAGGAUAUAUUGUGAUCACUUGUGAAGCAUUCAUGUGAGCUGGUGACAUUUACAACAUUUGUAUAUUAGUGAGAAAAUGUGUGUGUGGUGUGUGUGUGUUGUAUGUGCUGAGGCUUAUAGAUACAAUUAUAAAAUUAUUUUUUCCAGUGCAGAUCAUAGUGCCCGUACUACAUGUAGGUGGUUAUGGGAAAGAAAUAUUGAUAAAUUGGACACUGCAUUCCAUGUACUUUGACAUAACUUCAAACAGAAGUUCACUGUUGUAUCUAUUUAAAAAAGUUUAAAAUGUAUCCAUUAAUUUAUUUCAGUCCCUGAUUUACAUGACAGACAACUCAUGCUGAGGACAAAACAUGAGUCGCGGACAGCACCAGUACAUGACAUAAUUAUUAGAUUUUAAAUAAACUUUCAUAUUCAUAUAUGUAAACUAUACAAAACAUGUAAACAAAACAAGACAAAUAAUACCACUAUGGUUUAUAAAUGUAAUAAUGAAAAACUGUUAUGGUUUCUGUCAAUCUAAGUUAUAGAAGAGGGAUUAAAUACGGGAAUCAAGAUAAUAAGUAUAAAUAAAUAAAUAAAUAAACCAAUAAUAAUAAUAAUUUAAAAAAAAUUAAAAAGUAGAAACAAAACACAAAAGACACACACACACACACGCUUACUAACUCGCAUAGGUAAUUUUACCCUUCGUACCUUCUGGCAGAAAGCUUGCAUGGGUAUGUUAAUGUUAGCAGCUGUGACAUAAUUAUACAUGGUCACCGAUUACACAUAAGCUGUAAUUUUGUGUUAAUACAAAGCGAACGAAG